AAAUAGCAGCCAGAGGUCGGACGGGGAGACAGACAGACAGACGGGGAGACAGACAGGUUAUGAUGCUGUUAUUGGUGGUUCUGUUUGGUGUUGCCUCGGCUGCGAAGUUGGGUGUCGUGCAGACCGAGGGUGGGCAGGUGGAGGGGCAGAGUCACCGGAUGGGGCUGUUCAGGUCCGUUGAUGUCUUUAAAGGAGUCCCCUUCGCUGACGUCCCCGGAAAGUGGGAAAAACCAAAACCCCAUCCAGGAUGGAGCGGAAUCCUGAAGGCGACUAAAUAUCGGGAUCGCUGCCUGCAGGUGACGCUGCUGCAGACAAAAACCCAGGGCAGCGAGGACUGUCUGUACCUGAACAUCUUUGUUCCACAGGGACGAAAAUUGUCCACCAACCUCCCGGUGAUGGUGUACCUGUUCGGAGGAGCCUUUCUGUUGGGGGCGUCCAAUGACGUGGCAAUCCUCGGAGACUCGCUGUACGACGGGAAGGAGCUGGCCGACAGGGGCAGAGUCAUCGUUGUCACGGUGAACUACAGAGUCGGAACAAUGGGUUUCCUGAGCACCGGAGACUCCCGACUGCCAGGUAACUAUGGGCUCUGGGAUCAGCACGCUGCCAUCUCCUGGGUCCGCAGGAACAUCGAGGCGUUCGGAGGAAACCGCGACAACAUCACCAUCUUUGGCCAAUCAGCUGGAGCCGCCAGCGUCAGCUUCCAGAUGCUGUCUCCUUACAGUAAAGGGUUGUUCCGUAGAGCGAUCUCUCAGUGUGGUGUCGCUCUCAGUCCAUGGGCUCUGCAGAGGCAACCGAUGGCGCUCACCAAGAAGAUCGCUCGUAAGGUCGGCUGUUGGAGAACCGACGUGGACGAAAUGGUCACAUGUCUGAAGAUGAGCGACCCUGUCGGUCUCACCAUGGCGGGAAAAAUCGAUGUCCUGCUGAUUCUGGGAAAAGGUGUGGUCAUGGAUCUUCUUGAACUGUCUCCGGUGGUCGAUGGUGACUUCAUCCCGGAUGAGCCGAGUCAGCUGUUUCACAACGCGGCUCAGUUUGAUUACCUGGCCGGGAUCAACAGCAUGGACGGACACUUCUUUGCUGGAGUUGACGUUCCUUCGAUCAACAUGAAGAACGCCACCACAGUAGCGCAGGUGAAGGGUCUGCUGGCAGGCCUGACCAAAGAGAAAGGGAACGCUGCCAUCGACUCGGCCUACAGCACCUACACGUCUCACUGGGGUUCGGUUCCGGACCAGGCGGUGGUAAAGAAGACGGUGGCCGACAUUGAGACGGACUUCCUGUUCCUGGUUCCCACUCAGAUCGCCCUGCAGCUCCACGCCAACAACACCAGUGGCGCCCGUACCUACUCCUACCUGUUCAACAUGAAAACUCGUAUCCCAGGAUUCCCUCGCUGGGUGGAGGCGGAGCACGCCGAGGACUUGCAGUACCUGUUUGGUAAACCCUUCUCCACCCCACUGGUCUACUUCCCCCGACACAGAGACCUGUCCGGGUACAUGAUUGCAUACUGGACCAACUUCGCCAGGACCGGUGAUCCCAGUAAUGGUGACAGUAAAGUUCCAGCUCCGUGGCCCGCCUUCACCAAAUAUCGCCACCCGUACAUGAUCAUCAACAACAAGAUCAGCAAGUCCUCCAUCAGCUACGACCUGAGAUCGUACUACGUUGACUAUUGGACCAAAACCUACAGCCUGCUGCCGACGAUCAAGAGGGACCAAGAAGAAGAAGAAGACACUGCUACUGUUUAUUAAUAUACAGAAUGGAUUAAUUAAUAAAGAUCUUAAUGAGAAUAUGAAGAACAACAAACA